AUGAAACCGGCAGCUAGGAGCUUGUCAAUCUCGGCUUUAAUGAUCGCGACCCGCUCGGGAGCAAAGUUGCGUCUCUUUUGCACCACGGGCUUGCUAGCAGGGUUGACAUGGAGCCGGUGGCAGAUGAUGUUUGGGUCGAUCCCUGGCAUGUCAGAUGGUGACCACGCAAACAUGUCUUUGUUGUUAUGGAGGAAGAUGGUCAGCUCCAUUUCUCGUCUGGGCUUAGGCGCGAGCCGAUCCGCGUUUUCUUGUCUGGCUAGUCAGGAUCGAGGGGUACUAACUCAACGUCUUCCUCAGGCUUCCAACCUUCUUCAAGGGAGCCUUCCGGGCGGAUUCCCUCAUCCCGAUCCUUCUUGUUUGGAUUCUGGCGCGAGCCGAUCUACGCUUCCUUGUCUGGCUGAUCAGGAUCAGGUGGUACUAACUCAACGUCUUCCUCAGGCUUCUAACCUUUUUCAAGGGAGCCUUCGGGGCGGAUUCCCUCAUCUCGAUCCUUCUUGUUUGGAUUCUGGCGCUUCUAACCUUCUUCAAGGGAGCCUUCCGGGCGGAUUCCCUCGACUCGAUCCUUCUUGUUUGGAUUCUGGCGCGAGCCGAUCUGCGCCCCUUUGUCUGGCCGGCCAAGAUCAGGGGGUACUAACUCAACGUCAUCCUCAAGCUUCCAACCCUUUUCAGGGGGGUCUUCCGGGCGGAUUCCCUCACCUUGAUCCUGGCUCCUUAACUGCUAUUGUGAGGCAGCAACUCCCUUCCCUUUCGGGUUUACUGGUGUGA